CCUAGUCGAUCUACUUCUCUUCCAACGUUCUUUCCAGAUCUGAUCCAAGACAGAAAUUUGUAGUCCAAUCGCUUCACCCACCGCCCUGAAAGAGGAAAGCUCGCCACUUAGACUGGAGCAAACCUCGUCGAGUCUUCCGUUGCCCUGCCCGUCCUCUGCAGCGGAGGAGAUCAGAGGAAUAAGGAGGUCUGAGAUCUCUACUUGAGGCACGGCAAGAUUGAUGGAUCUCUCGAGGAGGCUCUCCAUGUUGAGGCAGGUGUCCAGCAGGAACCAGAGAGGGAAAGUGGGGCUUAAGAUGAAAAAUGUCCUUCAGAUAUGUCUUCUGAUUGCCAUUUGCAUCUGGCUGCUCUAUCAGAUUAAGCACUCGCAUGACAAGAAGGAAGCGUUCAAAGAGACGAAUGCAAAUGGUGGUGGAAGGCUGUUCGAUAUUAGAGCAUUUGGCCGGAAGGAUCCGCCUCACAUAGCUGAAGUAGAGGGCAUUGGGGGGGAGAAGGGCGAUGAAGAGGUGAAGAAUGGUUCUAUGAAGGCAGGACAUGGAAUCCAGCAGGAAGAAAUCGAGGACGGAGGUGGAUCCAAUGAGGAACUCGAGGAUGACGAUGAUGAGGCAGUUCAUAAGGCUCGAGAAAUAAGUUUUAAAGAAGACGAUGUAUCUAGUGAAGUAGCUCAUACUGUCCAAGAAGCCUCGCAGGCAUCAGGUGAAAGAAGCUUUAAGGCCGACGAUGCAUCUAGUGAAUCAGACGAUAAGAAGAAGAAAGAUGGAGAGAUUAGAGAUGUGCCUGAAUACCAAAAGGAUGAAUUUGGAAUUGCAAUGACGAAGAACCUCAGCGAGCACGAAACCGAUGAUGGGAAAGAGAAGGUGCAAGAGACUCAACAUUCUGAGUCACAUGGAGGAACGAAGAACUUCAACAGAAAUGAAUCGAAUGCCACAAAGGAAGAAAAUUCAAGUAUUAGUCACCAAGGAAGUUCAACGGCUGUUAAUGAAACAAUUUCAACCAGAGUUGGAACUCCAAUCCCAGACAUUACCUCUUUCCAAAACAGGACAACAGUUGAAUCAAAAAAUGAGGAUCAACCACUUGAUACAGAGUCAACAGAUGCAGGUGAAUUGGUAGCAAAUUCAACAUAUUUUUCCAAGCAUAAGAUCUAUUUCCAGAAGAACUCUACUACUGUAUCUGUAGAGUUGGUUGCAUCUCCAGCUAACCUGACAAUGAAGUUGGAUCCUACUAAUUCUACAGUUUCACAAAAUCAAACACCUGUCGUUCAUGAAGAAAUGAAUACAACAAAGAUGCAAACUCAAAGGGAGGAAAAGCCAAACCUGAAGAACAAACUGAUGGAGCAGAAGCCCCUUAAAGAAUCUUCAGCAACGAAUGGGGAUUCACUGACAACCCAAGAGAAAAACAGAGAUGUGAAUGGUGAUCAAUCAAAAAUUUCAGACAUCCAAAACAGAGCAGAUAGCAGUAAACAGGAAGCUGUGGAGAAAUAUAAAUAGAAAUAGAAACAGAAGAUGGUGAAAUGGCUGCAGAAUGUAAUUAUUGUAGUUCCUAGCAGCAGUCAUUUCAUUGUUCUUCCUUGAGCUGUUGCAAAUGGAAAGCUGAUGCUAUAGCUUGCUUGAAACUUUGUGAUGAAUCUUAUUUGAUAACUUGGCAUUUUACUUGUUAGCAAUCUGCUUGUAGUUAAAGAUUGCAUUUUGACAAUUCAAGGAAUGAAAUUGUAGGACUUUGAUGUGUCA